GGCUCUGUAGAACCAAUGAAAACCCAGAUUGGGAAGUAAAUAAAUUGAUAAAGAGAGAAAAACCCAUUUCAGAGGAAGCGUGAAGGGCUCAAGGCCAAAAGGCAAAAGCUUCUCCCUUAAGUUUCCCUGCUUAAAAGCUCAAACUACCAACCAUCUUUUCCUGUUCUCUCUCUCUCUCUCUCUCUCUCUCUAAACAACCAGUAAAGUAGAGAUAGUCAGCGGUGAAGAUGGAAGGAGAGGGAAGUGGAUAUAGAAUGGGACUUCUCUUGGUUUCGAUUAUUGUGGUGGUGAGUGUGAGCUUGGGAGGAGGAAGAGGGGUUUCAGCAGAAGAAGCAACAGAGAUUCAUCACGUCGUGGGUGGAGACCGUGGGUGGGAUAUUGCUACCGACAUCGCUGCUUGGUCUGCCGAUCGUGUCUUCCGUGUUGGAGAUAAAAUCUGGUUUGCUUACUCUGCAGCAGGGGAGAGCAUAGUGGAGCUGGGGAGCAGAGAAGAGUUGGAGGCGUGUGAUGUGACCAACCCAAUCCGUAUGUACACAGACGGCCUUGAUAGCAUAACCCUUGAAGGCGUUGGCUCUCGCUUCUUCGCUAGUGGCCGCCCUGAGAAUUGCAGGAAGGGUCUCAAGCUGAACGUCGAUGUAUUGCCGCAGCAACCAACCCAGAUGGAGAUGAACCCCCUUACCAUCACCAUCUCUUCUCACGAGCUUCUGGAUGCCGUCGCCGCCGGACCCACCUCUGCAGCCUUCCCACUUCCGGCGGCAGCUCCUCUGCCAUUGCUUGUGCUUGGCUUGCUCUGCUUCUUGCAUAUCUUCUAAUUUUAUUACAAGUAUAGAGGGCUUCAUUAGCUCGAGACUCACUAUGGAUAGAGAGAAGAGGGAUUCCAGAUUUGCCUUUGGCUCUUUCUCGUAAACAUUUGUUAAUGUGGGGAUUAGAGAUUUUAAGGGUGGGUUUGAUUAUGUUUUAUGUGAUAUUGGAACUUGUUUAAAUCAAAUGUUUUGAUCUUUGAUGUUUAUAUAUUCACAGCCUUAGUUAAGAUUGUUCAGAAGCAUGGACUGUUUAUCUUUGUUAAUUCUCUAAUGGAGUCAUCUUAAGAACUGAA